CGAGUGCUGGCAUCUUACCGGGAGCCGGAAUGCCACCGGGAGCCGGAAUGCGACCGGGAGCCGGAAUGCCUCCGGGUGCCAUAAUGCCACCGGGUGCCGUAAUGCCACCUGGUGCCGGGAUGCCGCCGGGUGCCGGGAUGCCGCCGGGUGCUGGGAUGCCGCCAGGUGCUGGAAUGCCGCCUGGUAUAGUGGGGCCCCCGGGACCUCCGGGCUGGCCGCCACGACUCGGACCUCCACCAUUCCGUCCCGGGCCAUGGAUGGAUAUGCAGGGGCCUCCGUUCGGGCCUCGAUUCAACGGAAUGGGGCCUCCGCCCUUCAACAGGCCGCCCUUCGACAGACCCCCAUUCGAUGGCGGGCCCAUGUUCGACGGGCCCCCACGCUUCGAGAGACCUCCUUUCAACCGCAUGCCCUUCGACAUGAACAGACCGCCGUUUGAUGGUCCGAGGCCACCUUUCGACGGACCCCGACCUCCGUUUGAAGGUCCCUCCAGGCAAUUUGACGGUGAAAGGCCUUUCGAUGGUCCGAGAUUCGAAGGUCCCCCAGAAUUCUUCGAUAGAGGCAAUAGAAGAUUUGAAGAAAGGGAACAGUCUAAUGAAAGAGGCUGGAACGGAGACAGUGAACGAGAUCACGAUUGGGACAGAAGAAACGAAUGGGACGACAGAAGAAAAGAACGCAGAAGUAGAGAACGGGAAGACAGAUUUAGAGAUAGAAAUGACAGGAGAAAUAAUUUUGAUGAGAGACCGAGGCAGUCGCGAGACGAGAGGACUCCUAGAAGAGAUAAGGACAGGAAGUCACGUUGGGGCGCUCCCGAUGAAAACGUACAAAGUGAAGAACAAGAAAACGUUCAAGAAGAUAAAGCUGAAAUGGAAAGCCAGGACGUUGGUAACGACGCUCAAGAGACGAUAGAAACUAGUCAAUAUGAACAAAAUGUACAAAAUGACGAUUAUAACGAAGAUAACAUGACGGAAGAAGGAGACAGGCAGCAAGAUACGUCGUUAGAUGAGUCGUACGGUAAAAACACUUCCCCGGAACCACAGGAAAGUGUUAACGAAGAGGCUAGUUAUAGCAAUGAUAAUAAUGAAAGUUUCAAAGAGCAAGAAGACAGCGAACCCACUACUGAAAAAAAUGAAGUUGGAACUCCUGGCCUUUACGAUGCAAGUGACGCAGUGGACACUAGUUUCUCCAUAGUGCCACCAGCUGAAAAUAAUUUUGACCCUCCAGCCACUCAAGAAGAACAUGUCACUGAAACUGCGGAGAGCUCAAAAUCAAUUGACAUGUUCAAUUCAGAAGAAUCGAAUACUCAGACAGAAAUUAAAGAAGCACAGAGCACAGAGAUUAAGGAAGGGCUUGCUUGACACAGGAAGAAAUGGAAAUUCGGGUAUUUCCAGUGGAAAUGAUUCGGGUGACGCGUGCGAGACCCGAAGUGGAGCGAAGCGAGCGCGGGUAGUUAUUGCUUCGCCUUCCGAAGCGAUCGAAUCUUAUUCGGCCGCGUUAAUCGUGUUUUUUUUAUAAGGGCGAGCACAGUCCACCUGAUGGUAAGUAGUUGCUACGAACCAUAGACAUCUACAUCUAUCCUCGAUUAAGAAUCAAAAUGUAGAUGAGUUGUCACCCCUAAGGACUAAUAUUUAAUGCCUCAUUUCCAGUAAAUAGGGUCUCCGGUUGUCUACACUCACUAAACGAAACACAGCAGCAUUAAGCUACUAUUUUACUUUAGUAUUCUGUGAGAGCGGGGUCCUUCCCCGGUCGAACCGACCCGUUCGUGCUACAACCUUAAUAUAGCUGCAGCGUGGCUCUACCACAUAUAAAAUGUAUCUAUAUAUAUAUAUUUAAAAAAAUCGUGUGAUUUAAUAAAUUUAAAUUGAAGCAAUCAUACUUCGGAAAGCGAAGCAAGCGGCCGACCGCCUUAACCGUAUAACGCCAAAGAUUUUUUUAUACGAAACAAAUAACAAAUUUGAAAUAUACGAGUGCCUUAUUGGUUACC